CGCGCAUUGAAGACGUCACUUCCAGGGCGGUGCGGGGAAACGCCGGAAGUGCCUCCAUUGCGAGCGGCAGCGGUGGCGGUGGCGACGGGGGGCGAGAGGGAGAGGCGCCAUGGUGGAGGAAGUCCAAAAGCAUUCUGUGCACACACUUGUGUUCAGGUCUUUGAAGAGGACCCAUGACAUGUUUGUAGCUGAUAAUGCCAAACCUAUACCAUUAGACGAUGAAAGCCACAAAGUAAAGAUGGCAGUCAAACUGCGCACAGAGUAUGGCUCGGUGUUGCACAUGCCUACUCUUAAAGAAAACAUGAGGGAGAAAGGAGGCCCAGCCACUGGGGAUCCUUAUGGACAUAAACAGUAUUCUGGAAAUCAAGGACAAGAACUUGAAUAUAUGAUAACGGGUACACAUCCAUACCCAUCUGGGCCUGGCGUGGCUCUGACAGCAGACACUAAGAUCCAGAGGAUGCCUAGCGAGUCUGCAGCUCAGUCCUUAGCCGUAGCACUUCCCGCUUCUCAGACCAGGCUGGAUGCGAAUCGGACAGCUGCUGGUGUGGGUGAGAUUUACAGGCAUGCUGGAAUAUCUGAACGUUCGCAGCCUCCUGGGAUGUCAGUGGCUAUGAUGGAAGCUGGUGGAAACAAAAAUUCUGCGUUAGUGGCAAAGAAGGCUCCAACCAUGCCCAAACCUCAGUGGCAUCCACCUUGGAAGCUGUACAGAGUUAUCAGUGGUCACUUGGGCUGGGUGAGAUGUAUUGCAGUAGAACCAGGAAAUCAGUGGUUUGUUACUGGCUCUGCUGACAGAACUAUAAAGAUUUGGGACCUUGCUAGUGGCAAAUUGAAAUUGUCUUUGACGGGACACAUCAGUACUGUACGAGGAGUGAUAGUAAGUGCAAGAAGUCCAUACCUCUUUUCUUGUGGAGAAGACAAACAGGUGAAAUGCUGGGAUCUUGAAUACAAUAAGGUUAUCAGACACUACCAUGGUCACCUAAGUGCUGUCUAUGGUUUAGACUUGCACCCAACAAUAGAUGUACUGGUAACAUGUAGCAGAGAUUCAACAGCACGAAUUUGGGAUGUGAGGACAAAAGCCAGCGUGCACACGUUAUCAGGACACACAAAUGCGGUAGCAACAGUGAAGUGCCAAGCUGCAGAACCACAAAUUAUUACAGGCAGUCAUGAUACUACCAUACGACUCUGGGAUUUAGUGGCAGGAAAAACUCGUGUUACUUUAACAAAUCACAAGAAAUCUGUAAGAGCAGUAAUACUACAUCCAAGACAUUACACUUUUGCAUCUGGUUCUCCAGAUAAUAUUAAGCAAUGGAAAUUCCCAGAUGGAAACUUCAUUCAGAACCUCUCUGGUCACAACGCCAUUAUCAACACACUGGCUGUAAAUUCAGAUGGAGUUUUGGUGUCAGGAGCUGAUAAUGGUACUAUGCAUCUUUGGGACUGGAGAACUGGAUACAAUUUCCAGAGGGUACAUGCAGCUGUACAGCCAGGCUCCUUGGACAGUGAAUCAGGAAUAUUUGCUUGUGUAUUUGACCAGUCAGAAAGCAGAUUGCUAACGGCUGAAGCUGAUAAAACCAUAAAAGUAUACAAAGAAGAUGAUACUGCGACUGAGGAAACUCAUCCUGUCAGCUGGAAACCAGAAAUUAUCAAGAGAAAACGAUUUUAAUACAGCAACAUACUUGUGCUAUAAUUUUGUUUCGGUCACAUUAUGUUCUGCCUACAGCAGCAGAGCAGGAAGUCGGCAAGUCAUUGCUUUUUCAACAUGUUUUGUAAUAAAUUUUGUUCUUCUUUCUUUUUGUCUUUUUUGGUGUGAAACCAACAAACCAGUUACAGCUGUUAAUUUUAUCUUUGUGGCGCAUGUAUACUUCAUGAAAAGGAUAAAUGUGUAGGUGGUUACUUUUUUUAUAUGUAUCUACUGAGCAUAAGUCUAAAUGUUUUGGUGAGCCAGGUUUUUUGAAAGCCCUUUGCUUCACUACAGAAGUUAAUUGUAAAUUUAUCCAUAGAGGCCGUCUACUGGAGACUUCUUGAGUGACGUUUUUUAGAUUUUACAUCAGUGUUGUUUACUGUAUAUAUGCUUAGUAUAUGCUGAAAUACUGUAAUGGAACAGUAUAUAUACUAAAUUACAGAAUAAUACCGAGAGAGAAUUGGGAUGAUAAAAUACCAAUGUAGUUUGCUUAGUAAGCCACGCUGGCAAUGCUCAGUGGCUGUGUUAUUGAAUGAAAUGGAUUUUCAUAGUGUUCCUUUCUCUAGGAAAGCUUUGACAUGCAACUCCACAUCUUCAUUACUUUCAUUUUGGAGUGGACCUUUAUAUAGCAAUGGCUACUGUCAAAUUAUGUUGUUUAGUCAGCAGCGGAUUAGGACCAAUUGACUUUCUUCAAAUCACCUGUCUGUUACUUUUUUCAGUUAUCCAAAGCAUGUAUGACAUUAGAUUACAGGGAACUUCUAAAACAGGUCUGAGGAAAAGCUCUUAAGUCAUUCCAGCCUUAAUUUUAUUUAUUGCUGUCUCCCCAAAAUCUUACAAAGGAUUAAAAAAUAUAUACUGAAAUAUGAUUAAUACAAAGGUCAGAUGUGUCAUUGUGUUUAGAUGAUUAAUACAAAGGUCAGGUAUGUCAUUGUGUUUACAAACAGUCAUGUAACAAGCAGUAAAUACAUAAGCCUCCUUGGUACAGUUUAUCCGUGGUGCCAGUGCUGGUGUUCUAAAGCACUUUCUCUUAGCAGAGGAGAAAAGUGUUAAGUCAUUGAGCCAUUCAGCUGUCAGCAAUUCUGCUAACAUUUUCAAUAGCUGCAGUGGUGAGUUUCAUGCAGGGUGGAUACUGAGAAUUGUUCUGUGACAGCAGCCUUGUAGUAAACUGUUCACAGUAACCACUUCUAAUUUAUGCCAGUCUGACUUCUUUCAAAUCUGGGAUUUAUGUUAGGGAAGUGACAGUUUGUUGAAAGUGCCUGGAGCCCUCUGUUUGAGAUACUGGCAAUAUAGCUUACAAAAAACUAGUAAAACUAAGUGUCAUUUAUAUUACAAGACUUACCUCUUUUGUGAUGCAUGGGAAAUCUUGUGUACAUCCUCCAAAUACUGUAUUUAUAAUUUAAAUGUUUGACAAUGUCAUUUUAAGGCAGCCCAUGCUGCAUGAGUAACUGAAGUUUGGUUGACAGCUAUUGACUGAAGCAUCAUCACAAAAUAGCAAGUUUUAUACACCUUGCUAGCUUUGCUGUUGCCCUGCAACACAUACUGAACUUUGUUUUCCAGACUGCUGUGUUUGAGGACAAAAUAGGAAAAGAUGGGAAUGGUGAUGUUCUUACAAUUAUGAAAAAUAAGAA